CUACAACAACUUCACGCUUUAUAUUAUUUAAGUUUCAGCCUUCACGCCUUCAAGCUCACUCAAAACCGUCAUAAACACUGGAAAAAAGUUGAAUCAAGCCCGCCGUUAUACGGUACCCCCUAUGCCCGUCUCACAAUACUGAAACGAAGUCUAAGCCACGGCAGAUCGUGGAGGAUUCUGCCGGUGAUCCAUAAAGAUGAUGGUGGAUCUGAGUUCUUUCUCCGACGAGGGUUUCGACCCCAAGAAAUGGAUAAAUGCGGUUUGCCAAUCGCGCCACCCACAGGAUCCCUUGGACAAGCACUUGGUGGAUCUGGAGAUGAAGCUCCAGAUGGUUUCCGAAGAAAUUGCCGCCUCACUGGAAGAACAAAGUUCCGCCGCCCUUCUCCGCGUCCCCCGGGCUACUCGUGACGUCAUUCGCCUGCGUGAUGAUGCCCUCUCCCUUCGCUCUUCCGUCGCCUCUAUCCUCCAGAAACUCGUUAAGGUCAAAUUUUGCCACUUGCGUGAUUAAAGAACAAUUAAUCAAUCAAAACAAAUAGUUACCUGCUCUAAGAUUUGGUUGAACAGGCAGAAGGAUCAUCAGCGGAGUCAAUAACAACUCUGGCAAAAGUUGAUUCUGUUAAACGGAGGAUGGAAGCUGCCUACGAAACAUUGCAGGAUGCUGCAGGUUUAUCUCAAUUAAGUUCAACAGUGGAGGAUGUAUUUGCAAGUGGCGAUCUUCCUCGAGCUGCAGAGACUUUGGCUAACAUGAGGCACUGCUUAUCCGCAGUCGGUGAGGUUGCUGAAUUUGCUAAUGUUAGAAAGCAGCUGGAAGUCCUGGAAGACAGGCUAGAUUCAAUGGUGCAACCUCGCCUUACAGAUGCUUUGACCAACCGCAAGGUUGAUGUUGCCAAAGAUAUGCGGAGUAUUCUCAUUACUAUUGGGAGAUUCAAGUCCUUAGAAGUUCACUACACCAAAGUGCACCUUAAGACUAUCAAAAAGCUGUGGGAGGAGUUUGAUCUGCGACAGCAGGCUAGCAAGCUUGCGAAUGAAAAAAAUGAAAUGCAGAAGCUCCCAACUAGUCACAAUUCCCAGUCAAAUCGAAGUACAUUUUCAUUCUCAAGUUGGUUGCCUAGUUUCUACGAUGAAUUGCUACUUUACCUGGAACAAGAGUGGAAGUGGUGUUCUCAAGCUUUUCCGGAAGAUUACAGAACAUUAGUUCCAAAGCUACUGAUUGAAACAAUGACGGUUAUUGGCCAAAGUUUUGUAUCUCGUGCAAACCUUGCCACUGGCGAUGUAAUUCCCGAGACUAAAGCACUCUCAAAAGGUGUCUUAGAUAUCUUAUCAGCAGAUCUACCAAAAGGUGUCAAAGUCCAAAGCAAGCAUUUGGAUGCACUGAUAGAACUACACAACAUGACGGGAAGCUUUGCUCGUAACAUUCAGCAUUUGUUUUCUAAUGCUGAUCUUAAAGUGUUGCUGGAUACAAUGAAGUCAAUCUACCUGCCAUAUGAAUCAUUUAAACAAAGGUAUGGGCAAAUGGAGCGUGUUGUACUGUCUAGUGAAAUUGCCGGACUUGAUCUUAGGGGAGUUACUUUUAGUCGCUUUGUUGGUGUUCAUGGAGUCGAACUUAGUGAAGCAGUGCGAAGAAUGGAGGAGUCCAUCCCACAGGUUAUUAUACUUCUUGAAAUGGCUGUUGAAAGAUGCAUCAACUUCACAGGAGGUUCCGAGGCAGACGAGCUUAUCCUUGUUCUUGAUGACAUAAUGUUACAAUAUAUAUCAGCUUUACAAGAAAUUUUAAAAGCAUUGAGGACGCUUUGUGGGGUAGAUUCUGCAGAUGGAGUUGGCCCAAAGAAGGAUCUUGGAGCAGACAGAAAGGAUGGAACUUCUCAUGCACGCAAAACAGAUUUUUUGUCGAGCGAGGAGGAAUGGUCUUUUGUCCAAGCUACACUCCAAAUUCUCACAGUUGCAGAUAGUUUGUCUAGCAGGUCUUCAGUCUUUGAGGCUACUCUGCGCGCCACUCUUGCUAGAGUAAAUACAAAUCUCUCUCUCUCGGUGUUUGGCUCUAGCAUUGAUCAAAACCGUUUACAUAUAGUCACUGAUGAAAAAAGUGGAGAGUUUUCUUCAGUUGGGAGAGCUGCUUUGGAUAUGGCAGCUUUAAGACUUGUGGAUGUCCCUGAUAAAGCUCGGAAGCUAUUCAACUUACUUGAGCAGUCUAAAGAUCCCCGGUUUCAUGCACUUCCCCUUACUUCUAGCCGGGUCACAGCAUUUGCAGAUGCAGUUAAUGAACUUGUUUAUGAUGUCCUGAUAUCUAAAGCACGGCAGCAGUUUAAUGACCUGUCUCGGUUGCCAGUGUGGUCUUCUGUGGAUGAACCAAGUGCUUUUCCUCUCCCACAUUUCAGUGCAUCCCCUCAGCCUUAUGUGAUCAGUGUUGGUGAAUAUCUUCUCACUUUGCCUCAGCAAUUGGAACCACUUGCUGAGGGCAUUUCCAACAAUGAUGCCAAUGGUGAUGAGGCCCAGUUUUUUGCAACUGAAUGGAUGUUCAAGGUCGCAGAGGGUGCUGCUGCCCUUUACAUGGAACAGCUCCGCGGUAUCCAGUAUUUAACAGAUCGUGGAGCUCAACAGCUAUCUGUUGAUAUCGAGUACUUGAACAGUGUCCUUCAUGCUCUGUCAAUGCCGCCUCCUCCUGUCCUUGCUACUUUUCACACUUGCUUAUCCACCCCAAGGGAUCAGCUUAAGGACCUAGUCAAAUCUUCUGAUAGUCAACUUGAUCUUCCUACAGCUAACCUUGUUUGCAAGAUGAGGCGGGUGAAUUUGGACCAAUGAUGCACCAGAGUUGUAUUUCAGGGCAAGAUACGUUUUUAAUUCUUUAUAGAAUGUCGUACAUUCCAUGUCCCGGUUCAAUCCGGUGUCUCACUUCAUCUCAUGUAGUUAUCUCUUUGGCUCUUUUCUCCUAGUGCAGAAAUUUUGUUUUUUCUAUUGUAUUUUUUUUUCCUUGUCCUUUUUCUAUUUAUUAGUACUCCCUCUGUCCCGAAAUUAUUGUCCAGUUUGAGAUUUCACUUUUAGUACAAUUUGAACUAGAAAUGAAAAUUCAAACUGGACAAUAAUUAUAGGACGGAGGGAGUAUUAUUUAUUAGGUUUCCUGAG